AGCAGAAAACCAAAAUUUGUCUGUGAUGUGUUUCCACCCGCGCAAAGUCUGUUGCACAAAAAACCUAGUUAUUAAGUGUAACUCAAACUUUCCAUGCGCAAUUGUGAGAUUUCAAUAGUUGUUAGGUUAUCUAAAUGCAAAUCAAACCUUACGUCGAACCUGUAAAUCAAUAUUCACCGUAAACAACCAAUUUCUCGCAUCGGAUCUAUUUGACGUUUACUGCUCGUAUAGCGGACUUCAACAGCAGUUGAUCGUGAGAGUGUGUCUGUGUGCGGUGCGCUUUGUGUUAUCAAACGAUUUCGCCCUUUGGAUACAGUGCACGCGGGCAAGCGUUUGUAUUGUGAAGUUGGUCGGACUGGGAGAGUAGCGACACAGUAAGCAGUCUCGCAUCGAAUGCACAACCGCGAGAGAAACAGUAAACAUAAAGAAAUCGACCACCACUGAGUCUGCAGUUGUGUGGCGAUGUUCGCGAAAUAAAGAAGUGAAACAUUAUUUUUUCACAUCUGCUGAUUGCACACGGGGCUCGGGUGUUCUAUCUGUGCUGGAUUUCUCCGGAGGAGGUGACUUUCAGCGUGAUUGACUGGUUUAGUUUUGUGCGAAUUUUUGAAAAGUGUAAAUUUCCUGCAGCAGCAGCAGCAGCAGAAGAUUUUACCUCCCGCGCUGAUAAGUGAAGGAAACGAAAUAAAAUUCUGGGCGCGGUGUGAGAGAAGUGAAAUUUCACAGGAAGCAACAUCUUGUGGGUAAUAUUCCAUUCUAUUGGAGGUUUACGUGAGUUUGAAAAUAAAAAAAAUCAAAUCUGCUGCCUUGCGAAGGGAAUACGAUAGCGAUAGCAGCUGAAUGUUUCGCGAUUAGCAACGAGAGGGCGUUUUGUGGUGUGAUAACAGAAGGCUAUAAAAAAGUUAACGCGAUAAGCAGUAGUGAAAUUGGCAGCCAGAUUCGAUUGGUUAGCCAGAGUGUGAAAAGAAGGCGGAAAUUCGUGAAUACAGUUUGGCGUCAAUCGAUCUGCAUUAUUAGUCAUGGGGAAAUUACUCAGUCUAUUGGCCCGCGAUGAAUCGACCUGCUGCACACCGAAGACCUAUGAUGUCUUUCUGGACUUUGAGAAUGCUGCUCCAACCGAUUUGGAAAGGGAAGUGUACGAAGAGGUUGAUCGUGUACUAAAGCAGUCCGAGAUUGUCCUCGACGAGAUACAGUGUUACAAGGGCGCCGGUAAAGAAAUUCGCGAAGCUAUCGCCGACCCAUCGCCAGAGUGUCAGGAGAAAGCGUGGAACAUUGUGAUACCACUGGUCGAGAAACUGAAACGUUGCUACGAGCACUCACUGGAGCUGGAACGGAUAGUACCGAUGAUACUGGGACAGCUUGUCGGUGGUCGACUAAAUCCUACGCAACAUCUCGAAACGCAGCAAGCCCUCGUCAAACAGUUGGCAGAAAUCUUAGAGUUUGUGCUAAAGUUCGACGAAUACAAGAUGAAAACACCCGCCAUUCAGAACGAUUUCAGCUAUUACCGGCGGAUCGCUAGCCGACAACGACUGGACCAAAGCAACGAACUCAUCGUCAGUACCGAGCUGGCGAAUCGAAUGUCCUUGUUCUACGCCCACGCCACCCCAAUGCUCAAAGUGCUCAGCGAAGCGACAUCGAAGUUCGUGCAGGAUAACUCCGACAACGUGGACAACACAACGGAAACGCUUGGAACGAUGGCCAAGGUGUGCCUACGGAUGCUGGAAAACCCGAAGCUACUGGCCCAGAUCGAACGGGAGGAAACGCACCUGCUGCUGCUUCGGGUUAUGGUGGGUUUGGUGAUACUGUACGAUCACGUCCACCCGGUGGGAGCAUUCGCCCGCGGAGCCCACGUCGACGUGAAAGGAUGUGUUCGGCUGCUGCAAGCUCAACCUGCCGUCAAAGCGGAACCCCUGCUCAACGCCCUGCGAUAUACCACCAAGCACUUAAACGAGGAAAACACGCCCAAGAACAUUCGAAACCUGCUGGCGGCAUAAGGGGUGACCAGGGGGACGGACGAAGUCUUUUAUUAUUAUUAUUACCGCUAUUAAUAUGCAACAUUAGUGUCUUUAUUACGUUUGCGUCGCAAUCAUUUCAUUUCUGUGAGGUUUUGUUUCUGUGUUUUUAGAUAAUAACUAACUUAAACCGAUUUAACUCGUAAAUAUUAACAAGGUAAUUUAAUAUGAUUAUUGAAAACAUGUAAAUGAGGGCGGCAGAAUGAGAGAAACAAAAAAAAAGUUUAUCUAGUUGAAAUAUAAUUUAAUAAAUAAUUGUAACGAACAGAAGAGAUAUGAAUCAAAACAGACCCGCCGCAUGUUCGUAAUUGAUGAUGGAGCGUGCGCGAAUAGAAGAAAUAUUUUCUUUUCCUUGUUUUCGUAGGUAAGAGAAAUUCUUUGCAACCGAUAAGUAAAUGAGAAAACUAUACUAAUUUAGAUAACGCAAUCAAGCAGAAACAAUAAAUUAAUUUAACCAAGCAGUGAUGCGUGAAUCAAAAAUGACAAAGGAACACCCAACAUACCAAGAAGAACACUAAUAAUUCAAACUUCUUCGCUGCUGAAAUGUGAUUUGCUGGAGGCAAGGUAAAUACUAUCAUUGGUUCACAUCACAACUGUUUUGCCUAAGUCUAGAUUGUGGAAAAAACAUUAAAAUGAUUAAUUGUUGUAUAGGAAAAAUAUUUUAAAAUUAUUCAAACGCGGCAAAUGAGGAACGCACACAAGCGCAUUUACUUUGGAUAAGCAUUAGGAACUAUCAAAAUUAUCAACAAACAUCUUUAGACAAGCGAUAACCAAAAACACUGCAAACGAAUAACCAGAAUGUGUUCCUCUAUACACAACACAAAAUAACAAAUAGUCAGAAAAAAAAGAAAAUAAAAGCGAAUACUAUAUUUUUGACACCGAAGCAUCUAAAACAAAUCAGGCAAUCGGGAAACGAUUUAGGAGAAUGAAUAACUUUCUUUAGCCGUGACGGUUAUUUAAGUUUAUAAGAACUGUGAAGAGUAAGAAGACCAGUGAUAGAUAAGUCGAUCGGGUGUCGUUGCAAGUUGGAUCGAAUAAUUAGGAAGAUCUAGAAAUUCGAAGACGAAUAUAGGGAGUUGACGUUGAACCAAAAUGCUAGCUGUAAAAAUUGAAUACAACCAGGUUAACAGAAAGCAUAUUAUUGCUGUUAAAGCAACCAGAACAGCAUUGCUUCUAUGGAAUCGGUGUGCUAAACAAACAUACAACACACACAAACACUACCAGUAAACAGAAUUACACUAUUACAAUUAUUGCGAGGGUGAGCAAGCAGAGAUGCUUUUUCGUAAACUUCUGAGUUUGAACUGAGCGUAGAAAGAUGUUUAGAGAUACCAAAGUCGAGAAUAAAAUUCAAACAAGUGAUGAAU